GCUUCCUUAAGCCAGACUUAAUAUUGAUAGAAUGAAAAAGUUUAAGAGGAGACUUUCCUUAACCUUGCGGGGAAGCCAGACUAUUGAUGAAUCGCUGUCUGAGCUAGCAGAACAAAUGACAAUUGAAGAGAACAGCAGCAAAGAUAAUGAGCCCAUUGUGAAGAAUGGCAGGCCUCCAACGUCUCACAGUAUGCACUCAUUUCUCCACCAAUACACAGGAUCUUUCAAGAAGCCCCCUUUACGGAGACCGCAUAGCGUCAUAGGGGGCAGCCUCGGCUCUUUCAUGGCAAUGCCUAGAAAUGGGAGCAGAUUAGAUAUUGUGCAUGAAAAUUUAAAAAUGGGGUCAGAUGGUGAAAGUGACCAAGCUUCUGGAACAUCAUCUGAUGAAGUUCAGUCUCCCACAGGUGUUUGUCUCAGAAACCGGAUACACAGGCGAAUCUCUAUGGAGGAUCUGAACAAGCGUUUGUCACUGCCUGCUGACAUCAGGAUACCUGAUGGCUAUCUUGAAAAGUUGCAGAUUAACAGCCCCCCGUUUGAUCAACCAAUGAGUCGACGCUCUCGUAGAGCAUCGCUAUCAGAAAUUGGAUUUGGAAAAAUGGAAACCUAUAUCAAGUUAGAAAAGCUUGGAGAGGGUACUUAUGCAACUGUUUAUAAGGGGAGAAGUAAGUUGACAGAGAACCUGGUAGCGCUGAAAGAAAUUCGGCUGGAACAUGAAGAGGGAGCACCAUGCACAGCCAUAAGAGAAGUGUCAUUAUUGAAAGAUCUGAAACAUGCAAAUAUUGUUACAUUGCAUGAUAUUGUUCACACGGACAAGUCUUUGACUCUUGUUUUUGAAUAUCUGGACAAGGACCUGAAGCAGUACAUGGAUGACUGUGGUAACAUCAUGAGCAUGCACAAUGUGAAGCUAUUUUUAUACCAGAUUCUUCGUGGCUUGGCGUACUGUCAUAGGAGAAAGGUGUUACAUCGAGAUCUGAAGCCACAAAAUCUACUAAUUAAUGAGAAAGGAGAAUUGAAGCUAGCAGACUUUGGGUUGGCUAGGGCGAAGUCUGUUCCUACAAAGACGUAUUCCAAUGAAGUUGUCACAUUAUGGUACAGACCACCUGAUGUUCUCCUGGGAUCUUCAGAGUAUUCAACUCAAAUUGACAUGUGGGGUGUUGGAUGCAUAUUUUUUGAAAUGGCAUCGGGAAGGCCUCUCUUUCCUGGUUCGACUGUUGAAGAUGAACUGCACUUAAUUUUCAGACUUCUGGGAACCCCAUGUCAAGAAACAUGGCCAGGCAUUUCUUCCAGUGAUGAGUUUAGAAACUACAACUUUCCUAAAUAUAAACCACAACCCCUAAUCAACCAUGCACCAAGGCUAGACACAGAAGGAAUUGAAUUGAUAGCGAAGUUUCUUCAAUAUGAAUCAAAGAAGAGAAUUUCAGCAGAAGAGGCCAUGAAACAUGCAUACUUCAGAAGUCUUGGAACAAGGAUACACACUUUGCCUGAAAGUGUUUCAAUAUUCAGUCUAAAAGAGAUUCAGUUGCAAAAAGACCCUGGCUUUCGAAAUUCCACUUACCCAGAGACAGGACAUGGGAAGAACAGAAGGCAGAGCAUGCUUUUUUAAAGCGGGCGAUGCAGAGUCAAGCCCAAGCCUAUCCUAUCAGCCAAGGACUCGGAUCCGAAGGCAGUUCUCUCUUUUGGUGGACUUGGAAUCGCAGUUUGUCUACACUGUCCUCUUCACAGUGGAGUCUUUUUAUUUCCAACCUGCAGAUUAUGUUUUUAUAUUUGUUGUCACAGUGUGACAAUUUUUUGUACAGUUGGUUUUAAGGUCUCCUCUGCCACUAGAGCCAGUAGGUUACAGCUGUUGAUGUAACUGUAGCUGCAAUUUUUGUGCAGGACUGAGAAACACAGUGCAUUAUUUAUUGCGGAAUCAUUGCUGCUAAAUAACUACUGUCUGUAUAGUUAACACAACAGUUCCAUGCCUGAAGAAGUUGCAAUGGCUUUAUAAUAUGUGAAUGCAUCUGUUUCUCUUCAUAAAAUGUUCUACUGCUGCGGGUUUUUUUGUAUUUCUUAAACUGCAGUGUUUCCUGGAAUGUAAACAUAGCUUUGCUUGGCUAUAGGUGAACCAUCUUUUAACGCUCUAAGUUCAUGGCACUUAAUUCUUAUUUAACAUUGGAAAUAUGUGUUAAAAUAGUUGAAAAAUUAUAAAGCAUAUUAUGUUUUUGAAAAGCACAUGGUGUGAAAGUUGAUUCAAACAAGUGAACAGUUAACUAUUAUUUGCUCUCAGAUCCUCUACUAGUUACUGAUAAGUCAGAGCAUGGAGACUGGAUGAUAAAUUGUGUCAGGGUUACUCCAGCAUACAAUAUUUGCACGUUAUUGUGCAUAUGGGGCCUGCAGAAGCAAUGACUUUUUGUACAUUUUUUUUUUAACUUAGUUAGAAAUACAGACAGCAAAAAGAUGAGUCAUAUACAUUGUACCCUGUUUUACUUAUGAAAUGUAGAAUUCUUUUCAUUGCAGAAGAACAAGAUAACUAAUGACGAGAGUAUGGGAAUAAGGUCACUUUUUCCCAUCUUGUUGCUGUCCCAUUUCUACAUUAUUCACUUGAAAUCAACUGGAAAGAUGCGAGUUUGUACUUGAUAAGAACUCACUAUGCUACAGAAUUUUUUAAAUGGGAACUUAGAGAGUUUUUCAGAUCUUAGAUGUUAUCUGUUUACCAGAGAUAGUAAACAUGUUACUACUAUGCUUAUGCAUCUCAGUGAGUAUCAUAAGUACACCCUUGGUGAUGGUUACAGUAUUUUUAAGCAUUUGUGUUCACCUUUAUGAACUUAUUUGUUUAGUGCAUCUUAAAGAGACUGUAAAUCUUUAUUGGUAUAUUUUGAAAUGGUCAUGUAAAUCUUUGGCUGGUAUAUCAUGAAAAUAGUCAUAGGUAACUUAAUUUUUUCCUGACAUUCACUGUAAAACAUUCAGGGGUCCUACCAUUUCUGUUCAGGAAAUCUUGUAGUUUAUUGUUAUUUAACAGUAUUAAGUGAAUUUUUGUAUAUUUCAUUUUAACUUUAUUUGUGAAUAGUGAUUGUGGCAUGUUUGGGGGUGUUUUAUUAAUAUUUCAUUGAUACUGGUAAAUUUGAAUUGGGACUUUUUUAUUUUCUGGAAGAGAGAAAUUCAUGUGUAAUGGUGACUAUUGGACCACUACUGCUUUUCAGCAUUUGUAAACCGGUUUUACGUUAAAUCUUGUAGACCUAACAAACUGCUGUUAUUUCUAACUGACCGACCUGUAUUAAUAUUGUACUUUUGAAAGUAUAAAUAUUAUGUGGAAUUCCUUGGUUUCGUUUUGAAGUUUAUAAUAACAAAGGCCUUGUGUUGUUAAAAAUACAGACUUAGUGACCUUGCAGUUCUUGGGGCAUUGUUGGUUCCUUUUAGCAAGUUCUGUGUAUUUGGAGAGUCAUCAGUUUUAAACUUAGCAGCUUCUUAAUUCACGCAACAUAGAAGUAGUGGCAGUAAAAGCAGUAUGACUCACCUGCAACUGAGGCCAUUUGGGAUCUCACCAUAAACAUGGCCUAUAGUCUACUUUUUAGUAAUCAAGUCCUGCAUGUCACAUGGCAUCAGAAGUUUUCUGUAGGUCUAGAAGCAUAAUACGCAUCUCAGAUACUUGCGUGGAUCUCCUGCUGAUACUGGUAGGAGUGUUAUCUCUGUGUCAGAGGCAGGUUUGGUACUGAAGAAGAACCUUUGUCCUGAAAUAGUUGUUAUAUUUUUGUAUAGUUGAUAUGGAUUUGAUCUAGAUUUUAUACUGAUUAACUUUGUAGGAAAUACAUUGUAGAUGUGUUAGUGUUGAAAAAGCAAGUAUCAGAGAAACGUCUGCUUUUUUAUAGAAGUAGUGAAGAUGCAGAGUACAUGUUCACUGUGGAUAAAUGUGGGAUUUAGCAUUUCUAGAACAGUAACGUUUCACUGGUGAUAAAAGAACAGGGAAUAAUGCGAUAUUAAUGAGUAAAGGUUUAACUGGUAAAAUGGAGCACAGUAACAAAUUUAGAUGGGGAUCAGCUGCAGCUAACAAAAGGAGUUUUCCAUUUUAAGUAGGAAUUCAGCUUUUUUGUUACAGAUGGAAAGAUAUUCCAUAAAAUUGUAGCAAUCACUCCGAAUAUAAAGUGAUUUUUCUGAGAACCUGCAAGUGAAUCGGUUUACUUCAUUAGGAAAUGACUUUACAGAAUGCAUUUUUCAAGAAACUUGGCAUUUGUGGUCCGGUCAGUUUUAUUUUUCAUUUUUUUAUUGGUCCAUAAUUGAAAUUCCUGCAACAGCAGAGACAGUUCUGUGGCAGCUGCCUGUUUGGGGCAGUGGUCAAGAGGUCUGAAGUCACUGGGCGUUUCUCUGACAUCAUUUUCGUGCAAUUCAGCAGCCCUUUCUCCUGUCUGGACAGCAGCAGACACCACAAGACUUGGUUUCACUGUCACUGAGAACUGUAGGGAGUGUUGGAGAAGACGCCAACCAUAACGUAUGUCUGGCUGGAAACCAACCACUAAAGAUGGAUGACUUGUGAGGUUUGGUAUGAUAGCCUCUGCUUAAAGAUGAGCGAUCAGUUAGUGAGCAAUGGCCUGCAAUUUGUUGCUUAUUCUAAAUAACGAUCUUCAGAAGAUACCUAUUGUAUCCCAUCUACCCAGCAGCAGGAAGGCCAAAGGGGUGUGUAUAGAUGCCUGUAGGAAAAGGUGGGGUUGAAGACAGGAAAGAAGCACGUGGUGAUGAGGUUGUGCGCACACGCAGGCGAAGGCUGAAGUGGAGAGCGGGUGGGUGGACAGGGAUUCACGGGGCAGGGAAGAGUGGGAGAUUGCAGAGGACAGAUGAGCUGCUCAGCAAUGCUCGAGUGAAACAUGCAUCUCAACACGGCUGUGUUAUUUUGUGCUGCUCUACCACAGCAUUAAGUAGCCAAAGUGUAUCCCUGAAUUGGGCAAUAAAAGUUAAAAUAAACAGUAAUUAAAGGAUUGA